AUGUAUACACUUGAAGAAGUGAAGCAACACAAUAAACCAGAUGAUGUCUGGAUCGUUAUUCACAACAAAAUCUACGAUGUGACCAAAUAUCUUGAAGACCAUCCUGGUGGGAGUGCUAUCUUGAUUGAGGUUGCUGGGACAGAUGCUACGGAGGCAUUUGAAGAGACUGGUCACUCCGAUGAGGCUCGCAAUGAGUUGGCCCAAUAUUUUAUUGGGGACUUGCCUGAUGAGGAACACGCCGAGUCAAUUGAGAUCUACCAGCCAACCUUUGAAAAAGUUGCACAGACCACUGUCGUCGCUGUCAAGAACUCUGCUUCUAGUCGUGUUCGCUCUGUGGCCCUCUCCCUGCUUAAGCUUGGCACGACCGGUACUCUAGGAGGAGUGGCUUUCAUUGCUUAUACAGACGGAUGGGGACAAUUCAAACCUAUCUUCAAGAAGCUGCUUGAGAAUGUUUCGGCUAUUUUUUCCAAUCGUCCUAACGCCUCUGGGCAGUUCUGGUCUGGAUUUGGUAUCGCCAGUGUCGCCCAGCUUACUCUCACAUGUGGAUUGGCUGUGUGGAUUUCGCACAAGAUUGACGUCCAAGAGGAUUUCACCCACUACGUGCCUCACCGCACCUCUCGCCCUAAUAGGCUCAUCUUCCGCAAGAAUCUAGCGUCCACCGCCGCUAAGAAGGUUUCCAGCAAAGCCAUCGCCGAACCUCCUCUUGACCCGCGCCAGUUCAGAAGCUUCCCUCUCACCCACAAGGAAGUUGUCUCCCCUAAUGUCUACCGCUUGACAUUCGGUCUUCCCAGCUCAGAAGAUAUUCUUGGUCUCCCCACAGGACAGCACAUUGCGCUGCGCGCCACUAUCAACGGAAAGAGCGUGUCUCGUUCCUACACCCCCGUCUCCAAUAACACCGAUCUAGGUCGCAUUGAGCUUUUAAUCAAGAUUUACCCCCAGGGUCAGAUGACCAAACAUCUCGAGCAAAUGCAGAUCGGUGACACCAUCGAGAUCCGUGGUCCUAAGGGCGCCAUGCAGUACACCACGUCAUACGCAAAUCAGAUAGGCAUGAUCGCUGGUGGUACCGGUAUCACCCCUAUGUACCAGCUCAUCCGCGCUAUCUGCGAUGACAAGUCCGACACCACCAAAAUGAGCUUGCUUUACGCCAAUAAUACCGAGGAAGACAUUUUGUUGCGCAAGGAGCUUGACACCUUUGCCCGUGAGAACCCUGAUAAAUUCUCUGUUCAGUACGUGCUUUCGCAGGCUGGUAGCGAGUGGGUUGGUCAUCGUGGCUUUAUCUCUCAGGACCUGAUCCAAACUUACUUGCCACCUGCCGGUGCCGAAAAUAAGGCACUGCUAUGCGGCCCCCCGCCUAUGAUUAACGCCAUGAAGAAGACACUCUCUGAGCUUGGCUGGAAGGAUCCCAGCGCAGUCUCCAAAGCUACGGAUCAGGUCUUCUUAUUUUAA